AACGUUCACAACACGUUCACAACAUAAUCUCUGACCAAUGAAUUGAUUCGCCUAUUUGUGUCGUCACGGCGCCUGGCUCCGCCCACAAAUCAUAUCGGGUUCAGUCCUGAAUGAGAACAGAAACCGAAACUGCAGCGAAAGGGUUUCCUCACAACCGCAGCUUCGACACACAGACACAAACAAGAUACUGCGAAGAAGGCCAUUCAAACGGGUCAUGUGACGUUCUGUAAAAAUAACGAGAUGUUUCAGAAGCGGCUGAAUGGACAACUCAAGUGAAUAAGGACAACCAUGACCGGGAAGAUCAAAUUCAGACUUUAGAAUAGAGUAAAGUGUGCUGAAAAACGCAGUCAUGAGUGAGUCUAGUGAAAUCAAAGAUGAUGAAACAUCCAGCUAUGAGGACAAAGACAGUGGCAGCUGCUCUACUACUGAACCUCAAAUAUUCCCUGAAUCCCAAAGUGUUGAGGUUCAUCAGCAGAAGAGAGUUGCCUCUCCAGUGCUUAGCUGUGUUUCUAUGAAGAGUGAUGCAUCGAUGGAUCCUCCAAUUAAAUUCCAGAAGGAAGAUCAAAGUCUCCCAGCAGACUGGCUUGAUUUGUCUGCCAACACCCAUGUGUCCGUUCAGAGUAACUGGUCAAUGGAUCCACCAACUAAUCUCCAUAUGGCUGAUUCUGUCUUAGAGCAGCCAGUUGAAAUGCACAGUCAGUCAUCCUCAAAGAAACAAAUAGCUGCUAUUUUGAAGCAACUUGAACGCAAUGUGAUCACUUUUGUAAAGAAGGAGCUCAGAAAAAUCAACAGCGUUUUGGACCCUGAUAUCACAGAGUGUACAGAGAAUCAACCAGAAGGGGAAGAAGAUGCUCUUGAAGCCAAAGAAGCAGCAGUCAAAAUCACAUUGCACAUACUGAAGUGUAUGAAGGAGCAAAGCCUCUUUGACAAGCUACUUCAAUUUCAUCAAAUUGAUGCAUGUCAGCAAAAGCUUAAAUCCAGUUUGAAGAACAGGAGCCAGUGUGUAUUUGAAGGUAUUGCUAAGCAAGGAAAUCCAGCUCUACUUGAGAAGAUCUACACAGAGCUCUACAUCACAGAGGGGGGGAGUGGAGAGGUCAAUAAUGAGCAUGAGGUGAGACAGAUUGAGACAACAUCCUGGAAACCAGAGACACAUGAAUCACAGAUCAAAUGCAAUGACAUCUUUAAAGUCUUACCUGGGCAAAACAAACGCAUCAGAACUGUGCUGACUAAAGGAGUUGCUGGAAUUGGAAAAACAGUCUCUGUGCAGAAGUUUGUUCUGGACUGGGCGGAAGGAAAAGCCAAUCAGGAUGUUCAUUUCGUAUUUCCGUUGCUUUUUCGGGAGCUGAAUUUGAUUGGCAAAGAGCAGUACACUUUGGAGCAACUUUUUCGUUUAUUUUUCAGAGAAAUUAAGGAAUUUAAAAUUUCAAACUUUGAGAAAUACAAAGUCAUAUUCAUCUUUGAUGGUUUGGAUGAGUGUCGACUACCUCUUGAUUUUAGGAACAACAUAAGGUGCUCUGAUGUAACUGAAGCAGCCUCAGUUGAUGUGCUUUUUACCAAUCUCAUCAAGGGGAAUCUGCUUCCUUCUGCUCUCAUCUGGAUCACCUCUCGGCCAGCAGCAACCAGUCAGAUCCCUCCUGAGUGUGUCGACCAGGUCACAGAGGUACGAGGGUUCAAUGACCCACAGAAGGCUGAGUAUUUCAGGAAAAGAAUACCUGAUCAGAAUCUGGCCAACAAAAUCAUCACACACAUCAAAUCAUCAAGAAGUCUAUACAUCAUGUGCCACAUCCCAGUGUUCUGCUGGAUUUCAGCCACUGUUCUGGAGAGAAUGUUGGGUGACAAAGAGAGUUGCCAAAUCCCCAAGUCUCUAACUGAAAUGUACACACACUUCCUGAUUUUCCAGACAUUACAGAUGAAAGAUAAGUACAGGGAACAACAUCACUUGGAUCCACACUUGAGUAGAGACAACAUUCUGUCACUUGGAAAAUUGGCUUUCCAGCAACUGAGGAAAGGUUUUGUGAUCUUCUAUGAAGAAGACCUGACCGAGUGUGGCAUUGAUGUCAAGGACGCAUCACUAUACUCGGGUCUGUGCACUCAGAUCUUCAGAGAAGAGUUUGGCUUAUACCAAAGGAAAGUCUAUUGUUUUGUGCAUCUGAGUUUCCAAGAGUAUCUUGCAGCUUUGUUUGUUCACCUUCACUGGUUUACAACUCAAAAGCCCAGUAGUGAUGAAUUCACUGUACCAUUCCAAGACACAGACUUCGGAAAGCUCUGCAUGGAUUCGUCUCUGUUUGACCUACACAAGAGUGCUGUAAAUCAGGCUUUAGAGUCGAGGAAUGGGCACUUUGACCUUUUCCUCCGCUUCCUCCUCGGCCUUUCACAGGAGCGCAGUGAGACCUUGUUUCGACACCUUUCAGUACAGAUUGGACAUGUCACACACAGCAGUGAGGACACAGUCAGGUACAUAAAGGAUAAGCUUGGGAUGGGUCUUAGCUCAGAGAGGUCCAUCAAUCUAUUCCACUGCCUCAAUGAACUGAACGACCAUUCUCUUAUCAAGGAAAUCCAAUCCUACCUUCACUUCGGAAGACUUUCAAUGGAGGUACUUUCAAAUGCUCAGUGGUCGGCUCUGGUCUUUGUGCUGCUCACCAGUGAUGAGGGACUGGAGAUUUUUGACUUGAGAAAAUUCUUCAAAUCAGAUGACUGUCUUUUCAAGCUUCAUCCUGUUAUCAAAGUCAGCCGGACUGCUAUAUUGUCCUCAUGUAAACUGACAAAGGAAAGCUGUCCAGCUUUGGCUUCUGUUCUUGAGUCCAAUCCCAAUGUUCUGAGAGAACUGGACCUGAGUUUCAAUGAGCUUGAAGACAGAGGGGUGAAAAGUCUCUGCUCUGGGCUGAGGAGUCCACAUUGCAAACUAGAGACACUAAAACUGGAGUUUUGUGGACUCAGAAGAGACAGCUGUAAAGCGCUUGUUGCUGCUCUUGAGUCAAACCCAUUACAUCUUAAGGAGCUGGACCUUAGCUACAAUAACAUCGGAAAUGAGGCCGCAACCUGGAUUGUGGGUGUAUUGCCUGACUGUGGGCUGGAGACUCUUAGACUUUCAAGCUGUGGGAUCACAAAGGAGGCCUGUGCUUUCCUCACAUCUGCUCUGAGUUCAAAACCAUGCCAACUUAAGAAACUGGACCUGAGUGAUAACAAACUUUGGGACUUAGGAGUUGGGCUGUUUUCUGGUUUACUUGCAAACCCAAACUGUAACCUCGAAGAGUUGAGAUUAGAGAGAUGCAAUUUUACAUUUAAAAGUUGUGGACUUGGUCUGGAGCACUCUCGUCUCACAGCUCUAGAUCUUUCUGACAAUGACGUGCAGGAUACUGGGAUGAAGCAGCUCAUGAACUCACUGAAGAAUCCAUCCUGUAAACUUCAGAAAUUAAGGCUGUCAUGUUGCAGACUGACAGAUAAGGGUUUCUCAUCUCUGGCUUCAGCUCUGAGAUCAAACCCCACCAGCCUGAAGGAGCUGGAUUUGAGCAAAAAUUUCCCUGGAUGCUCUGGAAUAAUGCAGCUUUUUACAGUCCUCGGAGAAAAGAGCUGCGCUCUCGAAAAAAUGUGUCUGGACUCUUGUAAACUCACUCCAGAUAUGUGUGGGCUAGUAGCUACAGGUCUAAGCCAAAACAUCAGUCUGAAGGAGUUGAACAUGAGCAACAACAGCCUGGAAGAUGAGGGUGUUCGGCUAUUCUGUCUUGGACUACAGGAUCGCAGUUGUGCAUUGAAGACUUUAAAGUUAUCCAACUGUGCUCUCACUGACAGCUGCUGUCAAUACCUGGCAUCCGUUCUCAGCUCUCAGUUGGUAUCUGUUGAAUUGGAUCUUAGCAGAAACACCAUCGGCCAGCAGAUGGAGCAAUUUCUGAGUUCUAUAUCAAACAUAAAUUUUUUAUUCUAGUUUAGAUGCAAGUGUAGUUUCACAGGUCAGUUAGAAAGUAUGUGUAAUGGGUGGGGAGUGGGGUUAUUACAUGAAAAUUAGAAGACGAAAAAUAGAAGACAAAAAAUGUCCAUGAAAUGGAAUAGAAUGUAAAAAGAAUGUAAUGAGAAUUACAUUGAAUCAGAAGACAUAAUAAAGUACAAAUGAGCUUCAGUUUGUGCUUAUGUUAUUGUCUCAGCAAUUUCAUUUAGUAAAUUCUUCAUUGUUCAUUGUGUAGAGGAUGAUUGGCAUGGCAAGCGUGUGACCUCACUGAGAGGCGUGUCUCUCACAGUCAGUAAAUCAGCAAGGCUGAACAAUCACAGCAAAGAUCUCGCAGAGAUGCACUGAUUCAGAGACAGACAGAAGCAUGAGGAUCGCUAAAGAGAAGUCAGACAGAGAGAUGAUUACGCCAUAUGUGCUGCAAACAUUCGGCUUAUUCAUGGAUGUACAGAAGAAAGAAAAAAAGUAAAAAACAGAAUCCGAGGCCGAGAAAAUAGGGCACAGCUCCAACUAAGGAAUUCAAAAUAGCAAAGGACAUUACUGAAAGACUCAAACAAGACGGCGAAAACAAUCCUGCAACUUACUGGCAAGUUACUGUUCUUGUUGUUUAACAAGUUGAAAGAAAGUGUAUUUUUCUGUUUUUGUAUCGACUGUGAGAUGUGCAUUAUAACUUUUCAAUAAAAGCUGUAUUUUGAUGUUUA